AACUCUCUCAUCGACCAUAGGUAGACAGGACGGAAAGAUGCCACGAGCAAAGCGAAACAAGGUCGUGGCACUCACGCGGGUGCCGAAGCGUAACACGCGGGACCGCAAGGCGUCGCAUAUGGACGUGGUGCGCGAGGCGGCGCAGGCGCACCCGACAGUGGUCCUCUUUGGCUGCCGCAACAUGCGGGCGGCGCACCUGCACGAGGUGCGCGCCCUCUGGAAGAGCAACGGCUCGCAGAUCAUCUAUGGCAAGAACCGCGUCGUGGCGCGUGCGCUGGGUGCUACGCCCGAGGAGGAGCUCCGGACUGGCCUCAGUGGCCUCACGGCGCGGCUCAAUGGCAGCGUCGGCCUCCUCUUCACCGACAGCGCCCGCGACGAGGUGCUGGACUGGUGCAAGGACCAUGAACGAGAGGACUUUGCCAGGAGUGGGCAUACAGCCACACAGGAUGUGCUCCUGCCAGCCGGCCCUGUCCAGAUGGCGCUCGACCCGCCCGAGACGCUGCCGGCGCCGCUGGAGCCGCAGCUGCGCAAGCUGGGCAUGCCCACCGAGCUCAAGCGGGGUGUGCCGACGCUCCUCCAGCCCUACCAGGUCUCCACCGCCGGCCAGAAGCUGUCGCCCGAGAACGCCCAGAUCCUAAAGCACCUCAUGAUCAAGGACGCAAAGUUCCGCCUCGUGCCCCUUGCCGUGUGGGAGGCAGCGACAGAGCGCGUCGACGACCUCGCACUGAGCGACGAGGACCGCAAGGAGUUUGUGCGGGCAAAGAAGAAGAAGCGGGCCUCGGCGGCGGCUGCGCAGAGGGGCGAGGGCAAGAACGGCGCCGCGCUGGACGAGGACGAGGAUGAUGAAGAGAUGAGCGAGGACGACGACGACGAGGACGCAGAGGAUGACGACGAUGAAGAUGGCGCAGAGGUCGAUGAGUUCGAGGCCGGCGACAAGGUCGGCAAGGACAUGAUGCUGCCCGCAGGCUUGUAGACGAUCGUCGCCCCCUGCUUGUACUAAUGGCCCACGUUCUUUCAUUCUUUUCAUGACGAGCGACAGUUUCCACAUC